AUGUCGUUGCAGGAGCCUCAGCCACCAGAAGACGCCAUUCGAGCGACGACGUCGCACGGGGCGAUGCAGCGUCAUGAAAAGGGAGAGGUCGACCCAACCAGCCAGCAGCAGCCGCGUCAAAACCAGAGCGUUCCCGAAGCGGCCAAGGACAGGACAACCCAGACCUCGGCCGCGGCAUUAUCGGCCCAGGGCCCGAUCGUGUCCGGCAAGCUGUGGGCGAUACAACGGUUUUGGGCCGAACAUGUCAGCGUCGUCGUCGACUUUGAGACCUGCCGCGAUCAUCUGGGUACGGCCGCCUGGAACACAUCUCCGCACACUCUCCGCAUGUCCCUCAUCAUAUCCCGGGUUCACGGAAGAGGGGGGUGCGUGUGUUACUUCGGGGAGUGGCUGCACGACAGGGCCCCUCAACAAGCAUCCGGAAUAUGUAUCCGGCGACUCCUGGUUGGCAUCCGUCGCGGUUGA